AUGGCGUCGUAUCCCUACAGCAUAUCAUCUUCCGGCUCAGACUUUUCCACUCCUCGGUCGACCUCUCCCUCGUCUGUAAUCGGCUCAGCUCGCUCAUCGCAGUCGUCUAUAUCUAGCAGCAAGCGCAUGUCCAUAUCGUCGUCGCGGCGCAUCUCUAGCUCAAACCCUAUGUCUUCGGUCGACAUUGCCACUAUCGAGGAGGCCAUGAGAAUGGCAAACCUUGAUGUUCUGCGGGGCUAUGCCCAAAACCACUACGGCGAGGUCCAACAGUAUGCCACCACCGAGUACGUCAAGCAGAACCAGGCCCUGGGCUACCAAGUCCUCAACGAGCCGCUCUGGAAUAAGGGCUUAUCCUUCAGCCCUGAACAGCGUGUGUCCAAGAACCUCACGGGGCUCCUGCCGCAUGUCAUGGAAGGCGCCGACAAGCAGUGCGAGCGCGCGCUCAAGAUGAUCCGGUCGCGCCAGACCAGCAUUGACAAGUAUCUGUACCUGUCGACCAUCAAGGGCCAGAAUGUCGACCUCUUCUAUCGCCUGCUCAUCGACAACGCCAAGGAGAUGAUGCCGUUGGUCUACACACCGACCAUCGGCGAUGUGUGCUUGCAGUAUUCGACUAUCUACACACGCCCUGAGGCGCUGUACAUCUCCAUUAAGCAACGGAAGUCGAUUCGCACCAUCCUCAGGAACUGGCCCCAUCCUAACCCGGAAAUCUGUGUCGUGACGGACGGCUCCCGUAUCCUCGGCUUGGGUGACCUCGGCGUCAACGGCGUCGGUAUUCCGAUCGGCAAGCUAGCCCUCUACACGGCCGCCGCCGGUAUCCACCCUGAGAAGACGCUGCCCAUCGUGCUCGACUGCGGCACGGCCAACGAGACAAACCUCAAGGACCCGCUGUACCUUGGCCUGCGCUCCAAGCGCAUUCCCGUCUCGGAGCAGCAGGACUUCAUGGACGAGUUCAUGCAGGCUGCUGCCGAUGUCUACCCCAACAUGGUGGUGCAGUUCGAGGAUUUCGAGAGUGAAAAGGCCUUCAACUAUCUCGAUCGCUAUCGGAAUAGCUACAAGUGCUUCAACGACGACAUCCAGGGAACUGGUGCCGUGGUUCUGGGAGGGUAUAUUGGCGCCGUCAACCUGUCGGGUGUUCCCAUUGAGGAGCAGCGCCUCGUGUUUAUGGGUGCUGGCUCCGCUGGUGUCGGUGUUGCCAAGCAGUUGGUCGAGUACUACACCAAGCGCGGGCUCUCAGAGCAGGCCGCCAAGGAGAAGUUCUGGCUGGUGGAUACCAAGGGCCUCGUGACCAAGGACCGCGGCGACAAGCUCGCAGAACACAAGAAGUACUUUGCCCGUGUUGACAAUAAUGGCCACCAGUUCCGCACGCUGGAGGAGGUCAUCGAAUAUGUUAAGCCGUCUGCACUGGUUGGCUUGACGGCUACCUUUGGUGUCUUUACCGAGUCUGUUGUCCGCGCCCUCAAGGCCUCGGUCGACGCCGGUGGUCUUGGCCGGAGGCCCAUCCUCUUCCCCCUAAGUAACCCGCUCACCAAGGCGGAAUGCACCUUUGAGCAGGCCGUCACCUGGACAGAUGGAACUGUCAUCUUCGCCUCUGGUUCUCCCUUCUCAAACUUUACCAUCAAGACCGGCGACACCGGUAUCACAUACUAUCCCAACCAGGGUAAUAAUGUCUAUGUGUUCCCCGGUAUUGGCCUCGGAGCUAUCCUGGCCAAGGCCAGCCGUGUCACAGACAACAUGAUCUACACCUCUGCCGCCGCGCUGGCUGGUUCUCUCAACGCCGAGGAAAUCCACAAGGGUCUCAUCUACCCUCGGAUUGAGCGCGUGCGCGAGGCGAAUAUCAUUGUGGCUCGCGAGGUCAUGAAGGCCGCCCGCCGCGACGGCGUCAGCACCCUGCCCGAGGCGCAGUGGGUCGAGUGGGAAGAGUGGGGUGACCCGGCUCUGACCAAGUUCAUUAAGGAGCGCGUCUACGAUCCCAUCUUUUAA